GCUUCCUUUGUUACGUUGGCAACAAGUAAAAGCAGUAACUAAACGCGCCUCGAGCGUCGCAUUUCAAUCAACAAUUGUUAUUUGUUUCUAUUCCCGCUUGUGUUCUUGUCGCGUGCGAUGGUGUGAUUCUGCUCUGGAACAUUCGGGAACUUAAUUCAUAACUUAAACAAAAUUACGUAUACAAGCAUGAAAUAUUACAAUUAUAGUGAUUACGGAAGUGGGAGCUCGGUGGAUUCGUCUUCGUUAAGCCAAGAUAUUCCACUUCGUUCAAAUCUGUCUUCCGAUUGGAAUGCCACCAAGUCAUCCAGCAUUGCCAAUCUGAUGAUCGGUAAAUGCUCUCUGGAUGACGCGAUGAAGGAGUUCAGACUGAACGGCUUGGAUUCUCCGUACAAUCCCGACGAGGACAACAUCUGGAGCGCGCGAGCAGUUGCAGAUACAUCGACCCAAUGGAACACGUACUCCAGGCAGGUGUCGUGGCCAGCCCCCGAGCGGUCUCCCAAGGUACCGCUCCCGGGCUCUCACUGGACUUCCGGUCUGAGCAGCCCUCCUGUGCGCAAUGAGACCCUGACACCUCCUGCCGCCAGCCAAGUGCAGCCCACCGAGGAGCAGCUGCGGGUGUUGAGCUCGCUGCCGGACGCCGUGCUCUACACCCUGCUGAGGAAGCUGGAGAGAAUCCGGGGAGACGACGCGACCAGGACGAAUGAAGAGUGCCGGUUCUGCAAGAACAACGGCGAGCGCGCGGCGUACUACCGCUCGCAUGCGCUGCGCGACGCCGCCGGCCGCGUGGCCUGCCCCGUGCUGCGCGCCUUCGUGUGCGCGCGCUGCGGGGCCCGCGGGGACGCCGCGCACACUGCCAAGUACUGCCCCCGCGCCACACGAGACGAGCGCAUCAAGUCGGCCGCCAUGAUGCGGAGCGUCCGCUCGGCGUCGAGUCGGCGCCGCCAGGCCGCGCUGCUGCCCGCGGGCCCCGAGUACGUGACGUUCGGCGAGCGCCCGCCCUCCGCCGCGCGCGACACCAGACUGUACGGUGCCUUCGACUCCGCGCCCCUGGAUCCGCUUUGGGCUGCCCUGGAACAGAAAUUGAUGCUCUAAAUUAAAAAACAAAUUCAAUCGAUUUAUUUAAUGACAUAACUUAAUGCUAUUGAAUAAAUAACAGUCCUGAUAACGGACAGACCGCGGUGUCCGCUAGAUGGCGCUAUACUAUAUUUACUUGACUGACCUUUGUUGUCUGCAACACAAAUCGUGUGUUUUAAUGCUAUGAAGCAUUUGUAUUAUUUGAUUCGAUUUUUUUUAGUUUUGACUAAAAUAUAUUUUUGUUGAAUUUCAUUAAUUUUAUUAGAAAAGGUAGUUUCACUACAGGCUGCAUAUUAAUAUAAUCAUAGAAUGCAUUAUUAAAACAAAAUAUAAAACAUUUUAAUACUUUCAAUGCUGAGUACAUUGAAAUAUGAAUGAGUACAAUCAAAUCCAAUGAUAGUUUCACAAUUUGCUAACAGAUGGCGCUAUUCGCAAUGCUGACAUCAUGAAUAAGUUGAUAAUUAUUAUUAAUAAAUAGUUUAAACUUAUUUGUCAUAAAUAUUUGCGUGAAUUUUGACUUUUAAAAACUCGAACGCCAUUUUGUUUGCAACAUUUCUUACAAUCAAUAUUAAUUUUUUGACAAUAUUUUUACUGAAAUGUAAUAAGUCCUAUGUGUUGUUAUAAUUUAGAUAGGUAUUGAAUAAGUCUCUUCUAGAGCUGACAGAUGAUAUUUUUCUUGUUGAUUUUUUCAUUCUAAUCUUUAUCAUUUCUUCUUGUGGCUUUUAUUUAGGUGGUUGGUGUCUUUUUGGGUUAUUUAAUUAAUAAAUAAAAAUAUAAAAA